AAAGCUUGUGAGAUCUGUGCGCUUUGCACUUCACUACUCUUUCUCCCCAAAAUCUCAAUAAUAAUAAUUUUAUUAUUAUCAUUUUGUGUUUGACAAUAUUGAUCAUCACAAUGAAGAUUCUUCAAUGGAUGCAAAAAAGAAUAAAUGGGAACAAUGAGAAAAAGAAACCAAGCCCAAUUUCAACUACUUAUUAUAUGAGACAUUAUGAACCUUGCAAACAAGAGUUCGGUGACUGGCCUCAAGCACUUCUUGCAAUUGGAACCUUUGGGACUAAUAGUGAUAAUCAGAAAGAAGAUUCAGAAAAGACUAAUAAGAGCAGAGCAUUAGAUCCACCUUGUUUUCAAGAUUGUGAGGAUGAAUUCACUCUUGAAGAAGUUGGAAGCCUUCAGAAUGAACUCAACAAGUAUUUUCAGGUGCCUGAGGAGCCAAACUCGGCCGCAAAGCCAUUGAGCACUGAAACUUCAAGCUUAGAAGAAGAAGAAGAAGAAGAAGAAGAAGAAGAAGAAGAAGAAGAAGAAGAAGAAGAAGAAGAAGAAGAAGAAGAAGAAGAAGAAGAAGAAGAAGAAGAAGAAGAAGAAGAAGAAGAAGAAGAAGGGCAUUAUGGUGAUUUCCACCAGAGCAGCAGUUUAAUGGAUGCCAAGGGAAAAGAUCAAUGUUUGGAUCAUAGCCGCAAGAAUGGUGUUGCAAAGAAAUCACUUAAUUUUCUUCUAAAGAAAAUGCUUGUUUGCAACAGUGGAUUUCAACCUACUCCUCCUUUUCUCAAAGAUCCAUCACUCUCCACAGAGUCCAGAAUGGAGAAGAUUUUGAGGGCAAUACUUAACAAAAAGAUAUAUCCCCAAGGCACCUCUUCAACAAUGUUUAUAAAGAAGUACCUAGAAACCAAAUCAAUGCCCCAAUAUUAUUCUGAUGAUGAUGACAAUGAUGAUGAUGAUGAAUUUGCUAAAGCUGUAGUCCAUGGAUGCAAAUGGGUCAUGACAGAUGCUGAGUAUAUUGUUCUUGAAAUAUAAUUAGCUUCUACUUCUUAUUCAUUACUACUUUGAUUUAUUUGGUCAACCCUGCUCAUCAAGGAAGCUAAUAAUAAUAAAAGCUUAUAACACUAGAGAGUGACCUACAUAUUAUUCAUUUUGAGGGGUGAAACCAAACCAAGCAAGUGUGAAAAAUUAUUGGAGGAUAUUACGGGAAAACAAAAAAGGUUUUACAUAUCAAUACUUGAAUAUCACAUAGCUUAAUCAAGAUCUUGGAGGAGAUUUUAGUUUCUUUAAACAUAAUAUUAUUAGCCUUGCUUUUCAAGCUUCCAAGGAAUGAAGUAGCUUUACGUAUCAAAGCCUUUUUGUGACAUAAAAACGAUGUUGAAGAAAUUAUGCUUUAAGUAGCAUAAAUAA